AUUUUCCAAGAGGUAAAAAGCAGUGAUAUUGCUAAAACCUUCCGCAAAGCAAUCAAUAGGAAAGAAGGGAUUUGUGCUCUGGGAGGAACUUCAGAGCUGUCCAGUGAAGGAACACAGCAUUCUUAUUCAGAGGAAGAAAAAUAUGCUUUUGUUAACUGGAUAAACAAAGCUUUGGAAGCUGAUCCUGAUUGCAGACACGUUGUACCAAUGAACCCAAACACAGAUGACCUCUUCAAAGCUGUUGGUGAUGGAAUUGUGCUUUGUAAAAUGAUCAACCUUUCAGUUCCUGAUACAAUUGAUGAAAGAGCAAUCAACAAGAAGAAACUCACACCCUUCAUUAUUCAGGAAAACUUGAACUUGGCACUGAACUCUGCUUCUGCCAUUGGGUGUCACGUUGUGAACAUUGGUGCAGAGGAUCUGCGGGCUGGAAAACCUCAUCUGGUUUUGGGACUACUUUGGCAGAUUAUUAAGAUUGGUUUGUUUGCUGACAUUGAAUUAAGCAGGAAUGAAGCUUUGGCUGCUUUACUUCGAGAUGGUGAGACUUUGGAGGAGCUUAUGAAAUUGUCUCCUGAAGAGCUUCUGCUUAGAUGGGCAAACUUUCAUUUGGAAAACUCAGGCUGGCAAAAGAUCAACAACUUCAGUGCUGACAUCAAGCUUAUUGACUUCAGUAAUUCAGUGAAGGAUUCCAAAGCUUAUUUCCAUCUUCUCAAUCAAAUUGCACCAAAAGGACAAAAGGAAGGUGAACCACGUAUAGAUAUUAACAUGUCAGGUUUCAAUGAAACAGAUGAUUUGAAAAGAGCAGAGAGUAUGCUUCAGCAAGCAGACAAAUUAGGCUGCAGACAGUUUGUUACCCCUGCUGAUGUUGUCAGUGGAAAUCCCAAACUGAACUUAGCCUUUGUGGCUAACCUGUUUAAUAAGUACCCAGCACUAACUAAGCCAGAGAACCAGGAUAUUGACUGGACUCUAUUAGAAGGAGAAACUCGUGAAGAAAGAACCUUCCGUAACUGGAUGAACUCUCUUGGUGUUAAUCCUCAUGUAAACCAUCUCUAUGCUGACCUGCAAGAUGCCCUGGUAAUCUUACAGCUAUAUGAACGAAUUAAAGUUCCUGUGGACUGGAGUAAGGUUAAUAAACCUCCAUACCCAAAACUUGGAGCCAACAUGAAAAAGCUAGAAAACUGCAACUAUGCUGUUGAAUUAGGGAAGCAUCCUGCUAAAUUCUCCCUGGUUGGCAUUGGAGGACAAGACCUGAAUGAUGGGAACCAAACCUUGACCUUAGCUUUAGUCUGGCAGCUCAUGAGGAGAUACACCCUCAAUGUUGGAGGAUCUUGGAGAGGGUCAGAAAGCCAAUGAUAAUCAUUGUAAACUGGGUGAACAGAACGUGGUGAAGCUGUGGAAAGUCAACUUCCAUUCAGAGUUUUAAAGACAAGACGAUUCAGCUCUAGUUUGGCAGUUGUGGAUUUAAUUGACGCCAUCCAGCCAGAGCUGCAUAAACUAUGACCUUGUUAGAGCGGCAGUCUAACAGAUGACGACAAGCAUCAUUAAUGCCAAGUAUGCUGUGUCAAUGGCCAGAAGAAUUGGAGCCAGAGUGUACGCUCUUCCUGAGACCUUGUGGAAGUAAAGACCCAAGAUGGUCAUGACCGUGUUUGCGUGUUUGAUGGGCAGGGGAUGAACGAGAGUGUAAAAUAAUCGAUCUGAAAUAAAAGCAACCUGUUCCCAGGUGCAUGAUUAGCAAGUCAGCAAUUUCCAGGUGUUGAAUAGUUUCUUGGUCAUUUAAAGGACUUUAGUUUCGAUUAAUAAGACUAGCUCAUCAUAAGAUUCCCUAGGGAGAAGUUUUAAGAAAAACAACUCCUCUUUCCCAUAUUCAGAGUUUGGAUCUGUCAGGCACACCUGAAAUGUGCUCAGCAUCAACCACUUGUUCCUCUCUUCUAGAAUGCUGCCCUCGACAUUGCCCUUUGCUGCUUGUUAUUCUCUAUGAUCGUUUCUCCUCUUCAGAUUUGUUUAGCAUGGUUGGAUAUGAAAUAUUAUUAACAGUCAUAUUUGCUUUCCAUUCC